CCCAUCAGUGCCACGUGCCAGUGCCACAUAGUGCAUACCAGUGCACAUCAAUGCCACCCAUCAGUGCCAGUCAGUGCCACCUAUCAAUGCCUAUUAGUGCCAGCUAACAGUGCCAGUCAGUGCCGCCUAACAGUGCCAGUCAGCGCCGCCUAACAGUGCCAGUCAGCGCCGCCUAACAGUGUCAUGUAUCAGUGCUGCCUUUCAGUGCCCAUCAGUGAUGCCUGUCAAUGCCCAUCAGUGCAACCUACCAGUGCCUCCCCAUCAGUG